GUUUCAAGAUCACACAACGCGAUUAUAUAUAAGCAUCGUUCUCUCGAUAUUUGCUCUCAAACGUUGUUUAAAAGUCAUCGACGAAAGACGUACCGAGAUAAGAAAACAUAUCGUAAUUUUAUUAAUCUACAAGAGAAAGGGGAAAAGCUUUCCGUAAUCUGCAUCAUGCGAUUUUUAUUAAUACUUUAUACGACUACGAUAUUGGCAUGGAGUACCGCAGAAUUUCUGGACGAUUCUCCCGCAUAUCCAAAAACUGAUCUUAGAUCGGAAAAUGUUAAAGAAGGAACACGAUCAUUAGGAAGAUAUUUCAACGAUGAAGCUAAUAUCAAAAGACCCCAUAUAAAUCGUCGGACUGGAUUCGAUGGAAAGGUUCGAAAUAUCAAUAUCGAACCGAACGUGAAUAGACCAGGUAUUAGAGCUUAUGGUUUACCGAAGACGGAUUUAGAAGAUAAUGGUUUGAUCGAGAGAAUCAAUGUUGCGGAAUCCGUAAGAGGCGACGAACAAUCGCGAAAUUCUCGAAUCGUGGAAGCAUAUGGUAUGUCUAAAAAGCAAUUGGACGACAAUGGUAAAAUCGAAAGAAUACCACCUUUGGCUAUUUUAAAGAACGAUGAACGUAACGAUGAUUCGUUGAGAAGAGUUUCAAGAUCGAUUUCUGAAGAACCUAAGGACGAAUCGAAAGAUCUCGAGGCCCAAGAUGCGAAAGUCUUCAGGCCAUUAUUUGUCUAUAGACAGCAAGUAGCAAGAAGACAGAAAUUGAACGAACGAAAGUUUUAUGGCAAACUAUCUCCGUAUAAAUAUAGGUCGUCGGAAUAUCGAUAUCCUGUUUACUGAUUUGAUUAAAAAUGAAUCCGACAAAAAAUGAAUUCUUUAUGAACAUGACAAAUGCAUGCAUGCAUUCGAUCGAAAAAGCCGAACAAAUUGCGAACAUUCUACCAAAUAUUAGAUACCUUAAUUAGUUUUAUAAGGGAAUGAGAUUUUUCUAGCAUAAUUUACUAAAGAAAAAUAUUGUAUGAA